AGUAGUCCUUUCUCUUCCUUUUUUCCAACAUGUCGGUGUUCGGGCCCGUCGUGAAGGUCCAUCCCGUCGUCCUCGCGUCCAUUUGCGACUCGUACGAGCGACGAAAUGAGGGAGCGAGUCGGGUGAUUGGCACCUUAUUGGGUACCAUUGACAAGCAUUCGAUCGAGGUGACCAACUGCUUCUCUGUGCCCCACAAUGAGUCUGAAGACGAGGUCGCUGUGGACAUGGAGUUCGCCAAGAACAUGUACGAGCUCCACAAGCGGGUGUCACCCACCGAGGUCAUCAUCGGCUGGUACGCCACGGGCUUCGACAUCACAGAGCACUCGGUGCUCAUCCACGAGUACUACAGCCGCGAGGCCACCAACCCCAUCCACCUGACAGCAGACACGGCCCUACAGAGCGGCAAGAUGAACAUCCGCGCCUAUGUCAGUGCGCAGAUGGGUGUGCCCGGGAAGACGGUUGGCGUGAUGUUCACCCCACUCACGGUCAAAUACAUCUACUAUGACACGGAGAGGAUAGGCGUGGAUCUCCUGCAGAGAACACGCAUCACUCCCAGUCGCACAAAGGGCCUGACGUCCGACCUCUCCCAGGUGGGCGGCUCGGCAGCCCGCGUCCAGGACAUGCUGACCACCGUGCUGGCGUACAUUGAGGACGUGCUGUCUGGCAAGGUGACAGCGGACAACAGCGUGGGCCGUUUCCUGAUGGACCUCGUCAACAAGGUGCCCACCAUCCCAACAGAGGACUUUGAGGACAUGAUCAACUCGAACAUCAAUGACCUCCUGAUGGUGACCUACCUGUCCAACCUCACCCAAGCCCAGAUCGCCCUCAAUGAGAAGCUGGUGCUGCUCUGAGGCACCACUAUUUAAUUUUUGUGUACGAUAUUUCUUUUUCUCAGACAAAUAAAAGCAAAAUAUUCCCGGAGUCCAUUCCACUUCAA